AAAAAAUGGAGGGAGUAUCUAGUAGUGGUUUGCCCAAAUACUGAAUCUUUUGACUGAAGGGGGAAAAAAACUUGGGAUUGUUAAGUUUUUGUUUCCAACAAAAUGUUAACAGCUCAACCAAGAAGCAGCUCAAGUAUCAAGCAUCAUCAUGUCCCUGCUGCCAUCAUCCGGCGGCCGGAGAUGGUCACCGGAGUUGGUAGGUUUGGUGGGUUCUCCAUGCAAAACAAAAAUGCGGUUUGCUUCAGAUCAAAAAAGAGGCAACAGCAAGUGAACAUAAUAAGAGCUAUGUCAGGCUGUGAUGAUAUCCUGUUGGCUGCCAAAAAGGGGAUUGGUAAUGGAUCUUCUUUGGUUGCUCCAACUGUGGAGGUUAAAGCUGUGAUCAGUAUAAAGAAGAGGAAGGAAGAGAGCAUCAAUGUUAUUCUUGAAGAGCAGUGGGCAACUUUGAUUAAUGGGAUUGGCAGAGGAAUCUCCAUGCAGCUCAUCAGUGAAGAUAUUGAUCCCGUUACCAAUUCAGGAAAAAGUGUUGAAUCUUCUGUAAAGGGAUUGCCUAAGCCCUCAAACAGUCCAAAUGUUGUUGAAUACACUCUGAAUUUCGCCGUGCCAACUGACUUCGGAUGCCCUGGAGCUAUCAUUGUUACCAAUUUUCUGGACAAGGAAUUCUAUUUGGUGAAUGUAGUUCUCCAUGGUCAUGGUGGAGAGCCCCUUGUCUUUCCAGCCAAUACAUGGAUCCAUUCGCAAAAAGAUAAUCCUGAAAGCCGGAUCAUCUUCAGCAACAAGGCCUGCUUGCCAUCUCAAACACCAUCUGGAAUUAAGGAUCUUCGAAGGGAAGAUUUGCUGAGUCUUCGAGGCAGUGGUAAAGGCGAGAGGAAAAUGCACGAGAGAAUCUACGACUAUGCUGUUUACAAUGAUCUCGGGGAUCCUGAUAAGAGUGAUGAUCUAGCCAGACCUACCUUAGGAGGUAGUGAUGAGAGGCCUUAUCCUAGGCGCUGUCGAACAGGCCGGCCUCCAACCAAAAAGGAUGAAUUUCCUAAUGAGAUCAAAAUCACUACAUUUUCAGCCGAAGAUUUGUUGAAAGGUCUGUUGCAAAACCUAGUACCAUUGAUAGUGUAUCUCUUGUUCAGUUCAGACAGUAAUCCCUCUUCUUGGCUUUUACAAAUAUACAAGCUUUAUAAUAAUGUCGGUGUCGUUCUGAAGCCUGAAGAACAAAAAGAUAGUUUAAAUAAUGAAAAUGUUUCCAAUUUAAUGAAGCAAAUUGUAACAGUAGCUGAAAGAUUGCUGAAGUAUGAUACAUCCUCACCCAUCAAGAGAAGGGACAGAUUUGAUUGGUUAAGAGAUGAUCAGUUUGCUAGACAGACACUGGCAGGUGCUAAUGCUGUUAACAUUGAACUAUUAAAGGCCAUAGCGGAAAAGAGACUCUUUAUAGUUGACUAUCAUGAUCUACUUUUGCCAUUUGUGGAGAAGAUCAACUCCCUGCCUGCUGGUAGAAAAACAUAUGCCUCCAGAACAGUGUUCUUCUAUAUGCCUGCUGGUGUUUUGAGGCCUAUAGUCAUCGAGCUCUCCCUCCCUCCAACAUCUACAGCUCCGAGAAAGAAGCAUAUCUUCAUCCAAGGCCAUGAUUCUACGACUCAUUGGAUAUGGAAACUCGCAAAAGCUCAUGUUUCCUCCAAUGAUUUUGGCGUUCAUCAAAUGGUGAACCAUUGGUAUGUUGAGUUUUACUAUUUUCUGAAGGUUCUUAAUUCUAUUUGCGGCGAAUCAACUUCUGUGAGGUUUAUCGGCUUAUCACGGUGUCAGGCAUCUUUUGCUUACCACAUCCUACCUUGGAUUAAAAGAUUUGAAGUUUGA